AUGCGCUUCCUGUUGCUGUUCAGCCGACAGGGGAAGCUGCGGCUGCAGAAAUGGUUCACGCCGGUAACAGAACGGGAGAAGAAGAAAGUGAUCCGGGACAUGAUGAUGUUAGUGUUGGCCCGUCAACCACGCUCCUGCAACUUCCUCCACUGGAGGGACCUCAAGAUUGUUUACAAGAGAUACGCCAGCCUGUAUUUCUGUGCUGGUCUGGAGAACCAGGAUAAUGAGCUGCUGACCCUUGAAGUGCUGCACAGAUAUGUGGAGCUGUUGGAUAGAUACUUUGGAAAU